AUGGGGUUUCAUAGAGCAAACAUAUCUUUUAGAAGCUUUACUUUGUUCAUUUGCCUGCUACUCGAAAAUGAUGUGUUUAUGCUUAUUUAAAACAUUAUAUAAAUAGAAGAUAAUAUCUACAAACUAUUAAAUUCUAUUAAUAAAUAGCGUAUUGGCGAUUUAAAUGGUGUUUUAUUGCAAAAUCUCAAUUUCGCAAAAUAGUAUGGUUUGAAGCUACUUAAUUUAUAAAAGUUAUUUAAAAUUAGAAAGUUAUUAGUACAAAACCCGUCUAGCUCAGUCGGUAGAGCGCCAGCCUUUUAAGCUGGUGGUCGAGGGUUCGAGCCCCUCGGUGGGUGA